GCCAUCUUUGCGAAGGGCAGAAGCGGGGGGGCGUUGCCACUCCCCAGCGGGCAUCUUUGUGUGGGGCACUGCCAUAAGUCCCCGCGACGGGGCCGUGGGACCGGCGGACUCGUUUGGCCCUCACAGCCGGACGGUGUGAGACUCUCCAGGCCCGCUACAUGCGCCUCUACGGCUGUGGCAGCUCCGGACAGUUACCGUGCCCCCGGCCCGGGCUCGGCGUGUGGGGCGGGGCAGCCAGCAGGGCGCGGUGACGCGAGCGGAAGCGGCGGGCGCGGGCGGCGCGGCGGGGCCGGGUGGGCGCGAUGGACGAGACGAGCCCGCUGGUGUCGCCGGAGCGGGCGCAGGCCCCCGAUUACGGGCUGCCAGGGGGUGCCGUACGUACCCUGCCGCCAGCCGCCCCGCCGCCGCCGCCACCUUCUCCUCCCGGCUCUCCCGGCGGUCGAGACCGAGAGCGGCAGCCGUUGCUAGAGCGCGGGGCCCGGGGCCCGGCGGCGGCAGCAGCGCAGGCCCAGGCGCAGGCCCAGGCGGCAGCGCAGGCACAGGCCCAGGCAGCGGCGGCGGCGCAGCGAGAGCGUAAUGACUUCCCGGAGGACCCCGAGUUCGCCGAGGUGGUGCGACGGGCCGAGCUGGCCAGCGAACGCGGCAUCUUCCCCGAGCGCAUCUCGCAGGGCUCCAGCGGCAGCUACUUCGUCAAGGACCCGCAGGGGAAAAUCAUUGGUGUAUUCAAGCCCAAGAAUGAGGAGCCUUAUGGACAGCUGAACCCCAAAUGGACCAAGUGGCUGCAGAAGUUGUGUUGCCCGUGCUGCUUUGGCAGAGACUGCCUUGUCCUUAACCAGGGUUACUUGUCAGAGGCGGGUGCCAGCCUGGUGGAUCAGAAACUGGAACUCAACAUUGUUCCCCGCACAAAGGUGGUGUAUCUGGCCAGCGAGACCUUUAACUACAGUGCCAUCGACAGGGUGAAGUCCCGAGGGAAGAGGCUGGCCCUGGAGAAGGUGCCGAAGGUUGGUCAGCGCUUCAACCGCAUUGGUCUGCCACCCAAGGUGGGUUCCUUCCAGCUCUUCGUGGAAGGCUACAAGGAUGCUGACUAUUGGCUGCGGAAGUUUGAAGCUGAGCCCCUCCCAGAGAACACUAACCGGCAGCUGCUGCUGCAAUUCGAGCGGCUGGUGGUGCUGGACUACAUCAUCAGGAACACAGAUCGGGGCAAUGACAACUGGCUCAUCAAGUAUGACUGUCCCUUGGACAGUGCAGGGGUGCGGGACAGCGACUGGGUGGUGGUAAAGGAGCCUAUCAUCAAGCUGGCUGCUAUAGACAACGGUUUGGCCUUUCCUUUGAAACACCCGGACUCCUGGAGAGCAUAUCCAUUCUACUGGGCAUGGCUGCCUCAGGCCAAAAUUCCCUUUUCACAAGAGAUCAAGGACCUGAUUCUUCCCAAGAUCUCAGACCCCAAUUUUGUCAAGGAUCUGGAGGAAGAUCUGUAUGAGCUCUUCAAGAAGGACCCUGGCUUUGACAGAGGACAGUUUCACAAGCAGAUUGCUGUCAUGAGAGGACAGAUUCUGAACCUGACUCAGGCACUGAAAGAUGGGAAGAGCCCCCUGCACCUGGUUCAGAUGCCACCUGUGAUUGUGGAAACGGCACGUUCUCACCAGCGUGCUGCUAGCGAGUCCUACACGCAGAGCUUCCAGAGCCGGAAGCCUUUCUUCACAUGGUGGUAGCUGUGGGAACUGUGGGCAGGGCUUGGCUGCCUUGGACUAACACUGCGAGAGGAGCCAGGUCACUGCUGGCUCCUGUGGCUGGGACUCGACCUUCUGAGCAAACAGGUGUGGCUGGAGGAACCUGCAGCUGAUCUGGAGGACCCAAGCAGGUAGGGCAUGGCCCUUCCACAGCUCCAUCAAUGGACCUCAGUGCCCUGCUUGGAACAGAUCUUGGGGGAGGUAUGGGAAUCCCCUAGGAGCCAUGGUAUGGCAGGAACCCUGCCCCUGCUUCCCUCUCUUGGCCUGCAUGCCGUUCUGAGCACUCUUGCUUGGUGCUGGGAUGAGCAGGCUGCCCUGGCCUGGAUCCGUCCAGUCCUUUACACCGGUCACUGGCUCCUUUCCCCAUCACACCAGCUGCUGGGAAAGCCUAUAACAGGUUAUACUCCUUCCCCUUCCCCAAGGAUGUGCUAUAUUCCUCCACUGUCCCUCCUCUGCCCCAACCCUGUGCACGCUGCUUUCCUCAGGGGGAGUUCCUGCUGCCCGCUGCAGCGGUGGGGACCACAAUGAACGGCUGUUCUUUGGCUGGGGGCUUCAGGAGGGGGAACAGAUAAGGGGCAACUCAUGAGGCUGGUUUGAGUGCAGCUAGACACUAAGGGGAAAAUGGUGCUAGUUUGCCCUUGUGACAAGCAGGUGCCUCUGGAAGGGGCUGUAGCUUAGUGGCUCCACCCCCCCCAACUGGAGAGGGCCGAGGGUGGGUGUGAGUGCCCUCUGCUGCCACAGUCCAUCCCUCCUGCCAGGUCUCCACAGCUGCUCUUGCUUGGCUUUUGACCCUGCUUGUAGCAAGCUCCCUGGCUGCUGUGCAGCCAGGAUGGUGGCAGCCUUGUCUGUGCCUAGGCCCCAUCGAAGUGGCAGGGGGGCUGUCUGGGAAGGGCCAGAGAGGCUCUUGCUGCAUGGGUAGGAAGCAUGUUGGGAGCAGGGUGCUGACAAUCCUGCAGGCCUGCUGUGAGUGGACAAGGUAGGGAGCCCCUCUCUCCCCAGAACAGAAGCUGCUGAGCUUGUCUCUCAUGAAACGGUACCAGGACUGCUGCCUGCAUCUGCUUGCCUCUAGCUGCAGCUUCUCCUGCUGAUAGGGGAAGUCAAUGUUGGGUCUCACUGUCCUGUUAGCCUAUCUUGGGGGGGGUUGGAGCUCUGCUGCUUGAGGCUGGGAUGGGAGAGCGCCUCCUUUAUCUCCUGUGUAUGUGAGGGGCUCAGCACUGGGAGGGUAGAGUGAGACCCCAGCUCCCUGAUCAGGCCCAGCUAAGCUCUGAUCGACUCAAAAUGUAUUGUUCUAAUGCACUGUAGAAAUAUAUGUAAUGUAUUUAAACCAUGCAA